AUGACGACAUACACUGAGAACGACUUAGAUGGAGCAUCUAUCGAUUGGAAAAGUUCUACUACACGGGUUCCAUCUCCUAUUAUUGAAGACAAAGAAAGUACUGGCUCUGCACAGCUUUCAAUUUCGGAGUCAGCGCAUUUUAACGUCUACAAUAAUCAUUCCGAGUAUCAAGUGGCCGAAGAGGACGGACUUUCGGUGUGGGAGUGCAUCAGGAACGUGGAAACCUACUAUAGGGGGAUAGAGGGAGAGUGGCGCGACAUCUGCUUAAGACGACGGCGCCGAGCAGCAGUCAUGACAGAGCAACGUCCCCCAUCCCCGUCUACAGUACCUUCAGAAUUCUUUGAUGCCUUUAGUCUGAGUUUUCAUUGGAGUACAUCAGAGGAUAUACCAGACCCUUUCGCUGACGAGGUCUACCUUGAAUCUUCCACGACCCAUUUCACGGCAUUGACGUUCCCGGGACGUGAAUUCGCUUUUCAGGACAUUCUUCGGCCUAGCCGCUUCCAACCACCCAGACAGAUCAAGAUCGCAUUCUAUAUCCCAGUAGAUGGUUUCACUUCUCCUAAUGAAUUCGAAACGCAAUGGAAUUUUAUUUCUAUUCAUGUUGCGGCACUCGCACAGCAGGUUGCAUCACCUUGGCAGAAUAUUGUUGUUAUCAUCGAGGGGCCUCCUAGGUGGAUUGGGGUUCAUCCUGACAUCCUUAUGCUCUUCAGGAAAUUGGGGAUCCUGUUCGAAACAAAUCAGUCGAUUGAUUAUGUUGGCCGUGUCUCGCUGUAUCCGCCAUACCAUAUGGAACGUGAUGAAAUUUUUGAGCGACCGAUCCUUGGCACUAUAUAUGAGCGUACAGUGCAGCCAACAACUCAUUCCUAUAGAGGCUGUUUUGAGAAUAUUCUAAUUCCUACACCACUACAGGUAAUAGCAGUGGCGCCACAUCAGUACCGAAACGACCCAACAUAUCAUAAUCUGCAGUAUCAUGACAACUGGGCUGUAGCUGUUUGUAAUGUUUUAAAACCAGAGUUCAUAGUCACUCUGCCUUGCCGGGAAAUGGCAAAGACUCCCCAUCCAAACCGAUUUCUUAGGGACCUUUGGAGAUGCCACACCCGAUUUAGCAACUCAAAGCAUGAGCAUGUUAAUCAAUGUGUCCUGCUUACGCCCUUGGAGUUUCAAACGGGUCGCGUAGGGAUAAGGCCGGUAAGGAGCAGAGUUGGACUUCUCAAGGAGCCGCUGCCGCAUCCCAAGCAAUCCACCACCGCUGCAGAGCACGUCGUUGGCUUCAGGUCCCAGCCAGAGUUAACUGCAAGGGAUACACCUCCUGUUGAAAAUUGGAAUUAUAUUUAUAUUUUAUCUGGCUUGCUUGUCUUUUAUAUUAUAUUCUUUUCUACCUUUUAUACUUAUAUCUUAUUUAGCUUAGGUUUCUUUUAUAUUAUUUAUAUUUUAUGUUUAGUCUAA